AUGGAAAGAGAAGGUCUCUGGCAUUCUUCUUUAGGGGAAACCUGGGAACCUGAUAAUUGGUUAGAGGGGCAACAGAAAAACCAGGAUAGACAUCUGGGCCAAGUACACAUUACCCAUAAGGAAACCCUCACUGUGAGAAGGACAUGUGGAGGUAAUGAAUUUGAAAGAUGUUUCAGUCAGGGUUCAAUCAUUGAUACACAACAAACUAUUCCUGUGGGGAAAAGUCCUCACAGUUGGAAUUCACAUGGAAAAGACACUAAACAAAAUGCUGAAUUAAUUAAAACUCAAAGAAUGUUUGCAGGAAAGAAAAUCUAUGGAUGUAACGAGUGUGGGAAAACCUUCAGCCAGAGUUCAUCCCUCCUUAAGCACCAGAGGACUCAUACAGGGGAGAAACCCUAUAACUGUAAUGUAUGUGGGAAGCACUUCAUUGAACGCUCCUCGCUUACCGUGCAUCAAAGAAUUCAUACUGGAGAGAAACCUUACAAAUGUAAUGAAUGUGGGAAAACCUUCAGUCAGAGCAUGAACCUUACUGUUCAUCAAAGAACUCAUACUGGAGAGAAACCAUAUCAAUGUAAAGAGUGUGGAAAAGCUUUCCGCAAGAAUUCAUCCCUUAUUCAACAUGAAAGGAUUCAUACUGGAGAGAAACCCUACAAAUGUAAUGAAUGUGGUAAAGCUUUUACCCAAAGUAUGAAUCUCACAGUGCAUCAAAGAACUCAUACAGGAGAAAAACCCUAUGAAUGUAAUGAAUGUGGAAAAGCCUUCAGUCAAAGUAUGCAUCUUACUGUUCAUCAGAGAAGCCAUACUGGAGAAAAGCCCUAUGAGUGUAGUGAAUGUGGAAAAGCCUUUAGUAAGAGCUCAGCUCUUACCCUGCAUCAGCGAAAUCAUACUGGAGAAAAACCCUACAAAUGUAACAAAUGUGGGAAAUCCUUUAGCCAAAGUACAUACCUUAUAGAGCAUCAGAGACUUCAUUCUGGAGUAAAACCUUUUGAAUGUAAUCAGUGUGGGAAAGCUUUCAGUAAGAAUUCAUCUCUUACUCAGCAUCGGAGAAUUCAUACUGGAGAGAAACCUUAUGAGUGUAUGGUAUGUGGAAAACAUUUCACUGGGCGAUCAUCCCUUACUGUACAUCAGGUUACUCAUACUGGAGAGAAGCCUUAUGAAUGCAGUGAAUGUGGAAAGGCCUUCAGCCAGAGCGCAUACCUUAUUGAGCAUCAAAGAAUUCAUACUGGUGAGAAGCCCUAUGAAUGCAAUCAGUGUGGAAAAGCCUUCAUUAAGAAUUCAUCCCUUAUAGUGCAUCAGAGAACUCAUACAGGAGAGAAACCCUAUCAGUGUAAUGAAUGUGGAAAAGCUUUCAGUCGGAGUACAAAUCUUACACGGCAUCAGAGAACUCAUACGUGAGGGAAGCUUCCAUGGGAUCCUUCACCGUGAUGAACUCUUCAGUGAUAAUCAGAUAAGUCAUGUAAUGUAGAAACCUAAUAAAUGUAACGAUUGUAGUAAUCUUUUAGUUGAAGCAUAAUAUACCAUAUCAGAAAAUACAGACCACUGCAGAAAAACCAUAUAAAAGUGGAGAAAUCUUGAUUCAGAAAGUAAAACUUUAUACCAGAAGGUUUAAGUAGCUAAUGUUCUAAGCAAUGAGGAUUCAUGCUGAAGAUAAGUUCUAUUGUAUUAUACUGCAGAUUCU